UACUUUUCUGUUAGAGGUUGGUCUGAGGGUGGGGGUAGGAUGUUAGAUGAAUAUGCUGUCAUUUAGUUCAUGGAAAUUAGCUUCUAGUAGAGAAAUUAAAUGUAGGUUUCAAUGAACUUGGUUAGGAAUUUCUGUUAGAAGAUAGGAGACGGCUUUCUUGUGACUAGGAUUGAGCAACAAAUUUCGAAAUCUAAAACGCAUCUAGCAUGGAACAACAGGCUAAUGAAAGCAGUGAAAAUCAUGAUUUUACUGGAAUACAAGAAUGGGAUCCAAGAGCCAUGCUUAAAAGUAUGUCUUUUCUUGAACAAAAGAUUCAUCAACUCCGGGAGUUGGUGCGUAGAAUUGUUGACCACAGAAGCCUAGCUGGGAUUCAGGGAAGUGACCUUUCAAAUCAGCAGCAACAGCUAAUAACAACUGAUCUUACCUCUAUUCUUAUUCAAUUGAUAUCAACUGCAGGGAGUCUUCUUCCAACCGUGAAGCAUCAAGCGAAUCCACCUACCAAGCAACUCGAGCAGUUUGGUGGUGCCUCCAUUCUUUCUGAAACAGGUACUAAUGUUGGUGCUCUGACAUGUAAUGUUAAUGUGACUAAGGCAAAAGAUCAGCUCAGCCAUGUUGAUCAAAUGGGAGAUUGUUCUGUUGAUGAACAUGGGGCGAAAGAUGAAGAUGAACCCCAUGAGGAAGAGAACCUUCCUCCUGGUUCCUACGAGAUUCUGCAGCUGGAGAAAGAGGAAAUUCUUGCACCUCACACUCACUUUUGCACAAUUUGUGGGAAGGGAUUUAAGAGAGAUGCCAAUUUGCGGAUGCACAUGAGGGGUCAUGGGGAUGAAUACAAAACUUCAGCUGCUCUUGCAAAGCCUCACAAGGAUUCCAACUCUGGGACGACGCUUAUUAAAAGGUAUUCCUGUCCUUGUGUUGGUUGCAAGCGCAAUAAAGAGCACAAAAAGUUUCAGCCACUAAAGAGUAUCUUAUGUGUGAGAAACCAUUACAGAAGAACCCACUGUGAGAAAAGAUAUGCUUGUAGUAGGUGCAAUUUGAAGAAAUUUUCAGUUAUUGCAGAUCUUAGAACACAUGAGAAACAUUGUGGUAAAGAUAAAUGGCUUUGUUCUUGUGGAACAACCUUUUCCAGGAAAGACAAGCUUUUCGGGCACAUUUCCCUUUUCCAAGGACACACACCUGCAAUUCCUCUAGAUGAAACCAAAGGUUUUGCUCGGACAUCCGAUCAAGGCCAAACCAAUGAUGCAACUACAAAGCCUGGAAAUAUAGAUUUUGAGGUAAAUGUUCAGAAUGACAGUGGACUUCAAAAUACUAUGACUGUUAAAGGGAGUACAGAUAACCCUGACAGUUAUUUCUCAUCUUUGAACUUUGAAACUAGCAAGCUUAACGAACUGCAAGAGUUUCCUCAACCACCAUUUGAGGACCAAGAAAACUCAUUCUCUUUUCUACUGUCAGGUUCAUGUAAUUACCCCCGGAAGGUUGGAAAAAACAUAGGUUCUACUACACUGGAAUAGUUCAAGUGAAUUUGUCUGUGGUUUAAUGCUGUCUAGUUUUCUUAUUAUGUCAGUUCUUUGUGAAUAAAUGACGUCUUUCAUUA